AUGGCGUUCGUACAGAAAGGUCUCAAGAACAUCCUCCAAAAGAACCCACACGAUGUCGUGUUCCUCUCAGCGCUCCGGACUCCGGUCACAAGAGCAAAGAAAGGAGGCUUGCGCGAUGCAUAUGAUCACGAGCUCUUGGGAGCGGUCCUCAAAGCGACCAUCACCAAGUUCCCAAACCUCGACCCUGCAAAGAUAAACGAUGUAUGCAUUGGAACUGUACUCGCCGAGCUUGGCGGUUCCAAGGCCGGUCGCAUGGCUGCGAACCAUGUUGGCAUUCCGACGACGACUUGCUUCAGCACCGUAAACCGCGCCUGCGCAUCCGGCCUCUCUGCAAUCACGUCAAUCGCGCACUCUAUUGCUAUCGGACAAACCGACGUCGGCAUUGGCGGAGGUAUGGAGAGUAUGACGCGCAACUACGGCAGCAGGGCUAUUCCCACCGAACUCUGGCCAGAGAUGAAGGACAGCCCAGUCAAGGAAGCACGAGACUGUAUCAUGAGCAUGGGCAUCACAUCCGAGAACGUGGCGGAACGAUAUGGCGUGUCCCGCGCCGACCAGGACUCCUUUGCCGCGGAAUCGCAAAACAGGGCCGCAAAGGCGCAAGCAAACGGUUUGUUCGACGCCGAGAUUGUUCCCGUUACCACCCGGUGGAUUGAGCCCGAGGUGCCGCAAAACCAGAAGCAAAUCACCGUCACAAAGGACGAUGGCAUUCGGCCGGGGACCAAGGUGGAAAAGCUCGCGGCCAUGAAGCCGGCGUUCAAGCCCGAUGGUACCAGUACAGCAGGCAACAGCAGUCAGGUUUCGGACGGAGCGAGCGCCGCCCUCAUGAUGCGCCGGUCUACCGCCACGGUGCUGGGCCUGGAGAAGCACAUUAUCGGAAAGUGGGCAGGUACACAAGUCGCGGGCUGCUCGCCUGAUGAAAUGGGCGUCGGACCCGCUCUCGCCAUCCCCAAGCUUCUCGACUACACUGGUCUCCAGACGGACGACGUCAAUGUGUGGGAGAUUAACGAAGCGUUUGCCAGCCAAGCACUCUACUGCAUCAGGAAACUAGGCCUGGAGAACAAGAUGGACAAGAUUAACCCCAACGGAGGCGCUAUUGCGCUGGGCCACCCGCUUGGAGCAACAAGCGGCAGGAUGCUGGCGACGCUCUUGAGUGAAAUGGGGAGGAGUGGCGAGCAAGUGGGUGUACUGAGCAAGUGCAUAGGAACGGGUAUGGGCAUGGCUAGUUUGAUUGUACGCGAGUAG